UCUCUCUGAUUUGGUCGCCUCGGUUCACGAAGCCGCUGCAGCUCUCGCGCGAUCACCGACUCGAGCUCCAUCGCGCAAGGUCUGCAUCGUUUCCUCUAUGAUCCGAUUGAAAUUUAUGUCUCUUUUCCCCCUAUAUGGAUUGUGUUAAACAUCCUACUUCCGGCGGUGGGGCUUGGCCAUGAUUCGUGUUCAUCUUCUCGUCGUUCGAUUGCUUUUGACAAACAAGAGGAGACGGGAAGCAAAAGAAGAUUUGGGUACCACUAUAUUCGUCAACUAAGUCUUUGCUUUCAAGGUUCGGUGAAAUGGGUAUUCUCGAUUCUUGGAUUCCGUCGAUUGCCGUAUCUUCUUGAAUUUGUUUGAAGGUACUUCCGAUGAAAUCGACUACAAGGUUCAAGAUGUGAGACCCAAUUCUUACCCUACAAGCGAAAGCGUGUAUUCUUCUUCCAAGGAUUUGGGAGAAGUGUCACCGAAGCGCUUACGGUGCAAAAGCUGAUCUCGUCGGUCGCAAUGAGAACGGUGAUGGUGUGGCGAUGAAACCGAACCUUCUUCUUGUGUUGCCAUAUCUAAUUCCCAAAAGUCGGUAACACUUGUUAUUGUGAUUGUAUUUGUUUAGUACCAUGUUCUGUUCAUACGCUAUCAUGAAAACAUCUAGCUAGAAGGUUGACUAGAUAUAGUUGACCUUAUAUACUAACGAUAGACGUAGAUGCACCCGAAGAGACUUUUUAUUCCUGGGAAACAUAUAUGUUCUCUGAUUAACAAUGGUCAUGUUUUCUUUCUUUAAGUUAACUUGGAACGAUGUAUUAUGUUAGAAAUAUCUGUCAGGGACGGGGCAACUUUAUGCUUUCGCAUAUUGUAAUUACCAAAGAUAUAACAAUUUUUCAUCAGAUGUUUCUCUAGCAAUGAGAAUGUGUAUGCUUGUGUUUGUGUAUGUUGCAUUACAUGCUUUUAAAUAUGCACACCUACCAAAUUGUCAAGUUAAAUUUGCCCGAUGAGGGAACCUAUGGCGAAGCAGGAUUAGAUCAUUAUCCUUGAAUUCUGUAUUUCAUGUUUUUUUGUUUGAACAAUGUCGUAUUUCGUGUUAAGUUGACAUGUAAGUUAGAUAAUUGGAGCAGGAAACCAUAGGUGUAGGACGAAGUGCAAAAUGAAUUCUAAAGGUACUUUUUAGCAUGAAAUGGAUUUGAUAAAUUGUCAUAUAAUUCUGUAUGCCACCAGACUCCAUAUGAACAUUUUAACAUGCUAGUGAGAAACAAUUAAGGUUUAGUUUAGACUUCUCUUUUUUCUUAUGCUCUAUGGACUAUUUUAAUCGACUUUUCAAGGAGCUUUUGUUCUCUUGAUUCAGGAUUGCAAAUGCCAAGGAAUGUCUCCAUUUAAGUCGAUUUGCUCCUUUCAGUGUGUAACUACAUGUCUUGUUCAUUGGAUAUUAAAUGUACCAAUAUAAGUAUUUUGCUAUGAACUAUUUUUCUAUAAUUGCUAUAUGAAUAUCUACUAAACUUGCAAGUUGAUUCGCUAAUCCACCCUUAUUAGAUUUUAGGCUAAUUUAGAAAGUAAUAAUUUUGGUGGCUCAAAUAUGGAAAUCAGAAUAUAUGGAUAAUUUAACACUUGAAUUACUUCAUGAACAUGGGCAUGCAUGUUGGUAGUCCAAUAGCAGACACGAGAACAUUGAUCAUAUGUUUCACAUUGUAUCUUUUAGCUUUCUACUCCGUGUGUUUCCUCAAAUAAUAAAAUAAGGAAAAGAAGAGAGGUCAGAUGCAUGUGUGGAUUAUGGGCAUCUUGUAUCAGUCUUUUCAUGGACAUAAACCUUCACCUGUCACACUUAUAUUCUAAGGCGCCUACUUCUCUAGUGGCAUAAGACUAAUGAAUAAAUCUCCCAUUAAAUAUGCUGUACAGAUGUCUGAUGUUGGAAAAUAAGUUGUAGCUAGGCUUGCAGUUUCCAAAGGCUUUCCUCAAGUGAAAGGGUAAAUUUGUUUUGCUCAUUGUUUUACUUUCAUCUUGGGCACUUUGUUUGGCGCUAGUAUUUAAAAGCUUGUACCCACAAACACUAACUCGGAUAUAUUUGGAGAUGCAAGACCUCCUUGUUUUGCCAGAAAAUCCAACAGGUAACUUACAAAUGACAUAGUUAAAAACUUCAUUUCAGUUGACCAAAGCAAGCAGCUGGAUUUAGCCAGAAAUGACAUGAUCAGACAGGAACCAGGCAAUAAGAUUGUAAAGGAGAGAGAUCAUCGGGGUAGUGAUUUAGUGCUGGCUAUUGGCGUGACUUUAUCUACUUGUGUUACUAGCAGCAAGUCAAGUAAAAGACAAUGCAUGUUACACAUGAAAACCUUGUUGAAUCUCAAGAUUCAACUCAAAAUUGUGUGUUAGUGUUGCAGGAUGAGGAUAUUAAAUGGAAGGCCAAAGAGUUGGAACAACUUGAAAAUCUUGAUAAGAUCAAAGAAAAAAGAAGUUUGUCCUUUCGUGUGGAGAAAAUUGGAUUUGAUUGCGAACAGGCAUCAAAUGGUAUGGCUUCCUCUUUGUUUACAGUUAGUUCAUCAGUUCGGAGUCAAUUUAAUCAGGCAGCAGGCAUAAGCUAUAAGCCUGAAAUUGAUAUGAAGGCAAAGCCUAAAUCAGCUUAAGGUGCAAUUCCAGCCAAUCCAACAGUGGCAUCAGACACAUCAUGCAGGGCAAAUGAUCACCACCACGCUGCUGCUCCACUCUAUCUGCUCUUAAGCGCCUCCUCUUCAUGGAGUCUUCGAGUCUAAGCCAAAUGGAGAAGGCUCAACAUGGAACGAGGCUUUUGGAAGAGCUCGAUCUCCUCGAGAAGCCCAAGGUCUCGGAGCCGGCGAGCCGAAGGAAUGUGUUCUGCUUCUGGAAGUGGAAGGUGCUCCGAUUCCUCCUCGACGGCUUUCGGAGGCGGGGAUCGCACUGCGUGGUCUGCCUCCAGGUCCAUCAGAUCGACGGCUUGCCGUCGGCCAUGGACGACCGGGUCCUGGUCGUGGGCUGGAAGACCAAGGGGUGCAAGGGGGAGCACACUCUCCCGGUUCAUGUUUGCGGAGGAGUCGCCAGCUUCGAUGAGAUCUUCCUGCACUACUGCAUCAGCGACGUGCAGUCGAUGCUGGGGAGCUUCACCGUUUGGGCCUCUUUGGUCGAUGCCGCCGACUGCGAUCUGGGUACUUUUCAUGUGGAUUUGAGCGAGUUCGCUGCUGCUACAGAGAAUUCCAACUCCGCGUUCGCCGGGAAGACGGUGAGCUUUGUUCUCGGAGGCGUGGCGGGUGGUGGAGCACUGAGGCUGAGCGUGUACUGCAGGACGUUGGAGGACGAAUCCCGUGAUCGAAUCGGCCAAAAGCAGGCGAAGAGCAAAUGCUUCUCGUGCCUCCCUGAUCUCGGUGGUUGCAUCAGGAGCUCCCCGAUGACCUUCUGCGCGCGCAGGAUCCCCUCCCUCCGCUCCGACCACGGCUUCAUCACCUUCGAGAACUUGAUCGCGGGGUGUCCUCCGAUCAACGACGAGGACGGAGGCUUCAUAACGAUCGAGAAGGGCGGCGUUGGCUCGCGGUCGAGGCGGCCUCCCUCGGACCACCUGGCGAACACCGACGACGACGAAAGCGGCGGGCCCGAGGAUGAGCAGCCAUGCCUCAUGGCAGAACUCAACGAGGAACUCGACGACGACGACGACGAAGGGGUAGAGAACGAGUUUCUUAAGAUGUUGGAGGCGAAUGACGAGCCAUGGAAGAAGGAAGCUGGAAAGAGCUUGAGCUCAAGCUUGGAUCUGAGCGCAGACUUAGACUUAGAUUCGUUGAUAAAGGAAGCGGAGAUGGAGCUGAAGAAGGCGGCACAGGCGUGGAACAGCGGAACCGGGGCAGCUCUGCUGGAGAAGGAAGAGCACGAGGAGCUGAUGAGGAGAUGGGGAUCGAACGAGCACCGUUCUUCUCCAGGCUGCUCCGGGCUUCAUGCCUUCGGUAGUCCUCUCUAGUCUGAGAUGAUGUAAUCUUAAUCAUAUGUUGCUCGACAAUCACAACGUAAUUGUUAUUCUACUCCUCAAGUUAAUGUCACGUGCAUGUCACGUGGACCGAAUGUAGACUGUACAUCUGCAUCUCCUGCGAUACGCACAAUAAUUUUCUGUUUGACUUC